CCCCUCCCCCCGGUCCAGUCUUCUCUGGGCUUUUUAAAGAUCGGCCCUUGACCAGUGUCCGGCUGUGUCCCUCUGGUCCGUACACCACAUACGCGAUCUCGCUUGGCCCACUCCCACUUCAACCUGCAGACGAAACGUCGCCGCCUCCUUGCCUAUUCUCUAUUCCUCCAGUCCUCCUCCUCCUCAACCAUCUUCUUCGUCCACCAUCUCCAGUUCUCCGCGUCGUCCGGCCCACGUAGGCUGCCCAUACCCCAGACCUUGACCUCCUUUGGCAAAGCUACCGACCCGUCAGCCAGCUCCGUUUUACGCUGACCUUUCGAACCCCGGACAUCCUUUUGUCCUGUUUCGAUUCUUCUUGUCUUGACCACUCCCCAUCCUCCCCCCCCACCAUCCCUCUCCUCCCCAUUACCUUUACUUAAAGACGGCUCCCCACCCCUUUCCCCGGAGAGCUUAAAGACGCUCUUCCUCCAUAUCAACUCGUGUGCCAUCUUCCGCGGAAUUUAGACUACUGUCCUCUUCCCUACACGAUACCCCCCUUACCUAGACUCUGUGUUUCUGACCUCGCCUCUUCCCCUACGUCUCUUAUACACGGGAAGAUCACACACGCUCGCACGCAUUCACGCGCAUAAGACACACGAUGGCCACGCACGAGACUCAUAACCACAAUGCCGCCCCCCCAACGGACCUGGAGAAGGAUGUGCACACCUCGGGCGCCGACCACUACAACCACCACAACGGCACCGCCGCCGCCAACGGCGUCCAAAUAAGCCCGAACGCCGCCCACGCACGAACCAACGGGCCCUUCACCCGCAUCGCCGACUACCAGAACAUGACCGAGGGCCAGGCGCAGGCCUUUGGCGGCUCCCUCCAGCCCGGCCUGUGGAAGCCGUACGAGCACCGCAAGUUCGCCAACCCGGCGCCCCUCGGCCUGUCGGCCUUUGCCCUGACGACCUUCGUCCUGUCGUGCGUCAACCUGCAGGCUCGCGGCGUCAAGGCGCCCAACAUCGCCGUGCCGCUGGCCUUUGGCUACGGCGGACUUGUCCAGCUGCUUGCGGGCAUGUGGGAAAUGGCCGUCGGCAACACCUUUGGCGCCACGGCGCUCUCGUCCUACGGCGGCUUCUGGAUCGCCUACGGUAUUCUCCUGACGCCCGCCUGGGGCAUCACCGCCCCGGACGGGCCCUACGCGGCCGACUUCUCGGACCACUACUCGGCCGUCGGCUUCUUCCUGACGGGCUGGUUCAUCUUCACGACGCUGCUGCUCAUCUGCACCCUGCGCUCGACCGUCGUCUUCUUCCUGCUCUUCUUCACCCUCGACCUGGCCUUCCUCUUCCUCGCCUGCGAGAACUACGCCGCCAACAACGGCGCCUUGACGGCCAUGCGCAACCUGCAGAUCUGUGGCGGCACGUUCGGCAUGCUCGCCGCGUUCCUGGCGUGGUACUGCGCCCUGGCGGGUAUCCAAGAUGACAGCAACUCCUUCUUCCAGGUCCCCGUCUUCCACCUCCCGUGGUCCGACAAGGGCAAGGAGCUGCGCAAGGCCAAGAGCAACCGCUCGGUUGCGUAAUGGGGGCGACCUUUUUGUCUCGUUUCAAACAAACUGGUCCUUUGGUUGUCACUAGUUAUCACUAGUUGUGUUUUAUGUGUUGGUUGCGAGGCAGACGCUGCCGCGACAGGAUGAGAGGAUACCCAAACGUGAAUGGUUGUAAUGCCAGCGACGACGCCAUCUUUGCAAGAGCAGAGCGAGGAAGAGGGGGGGAGGGGGGGGGGGGGAUGUGACCAUUGGUUGUGUUUUAUGGUAUUAAUAAUAACAGUGAAUGACACCUUGCGAAGAUUUCGGAGCCUUCCAACAAAUGCGUUCUCUCGAUGGUCUUGACAGUACCAUCAAGGGGUAACUCUCUAAUAUCGAAUCGCGAAUUUGUAUCUCACCCAACUCUGUCAAAUUCGAAUUGCUGCUUUGCCUCGCGUCAACUCAGUAGGGUUCGUCAGCCAUCGCGCAGAACCCUUCUUCAACCACCACGUGCGGCACGUUUCUCGAGGUGACGUCGCAAACCCCCUUGCUGAUGCGGCGGUUUGGAGAUAUGGUCUUGGCGAACGGAACUCUGAUAAAAAUUUAUUCGUUUCUGCCCGGUAGGGCGGCGGCGCUGUCUUGCGCAAUUUCGGGAGAUGUGCUACCUCGUCUUAAU